CUUUCAACAUCCAAAUAAUGAUACAAAAUGUUGCUUUAUGAUUAAUUUUGAUGCCGAAAGAAUUGUUAUCCAACACUUAAUAGAAUGCAAACUACUCGACAAAAUUCAUGACCAUCACAUGUCUGCAAUUUGCGUGAAUCGAAUUUCUCAAAUUUCACCAAUAAAUUUUGCAUUCAAUCAAGCUUUUAUGCAAGCACGAAAACAGGCACGAAAAAGGAAAGAAAAACUGAAAGAAUUUUAAAUUCAGCUUGAUAGAAUCAGAAACCG